AUGAGGACGGAUGGAAAUCGUUGUACUGCAGCCGUUCGGCUUUUAUAUGAUAUUCAUGUUGGCGCAGUACACGAGUCUUCCUCCCUCGUUUCUGGUGAAAACGUGCUCAGCUUUAAUCCGAAACGAGGGAGGAAGACUCGUGGACUGCGCCAACAUGAAUAUCAUAUAAAAGCCGAACAGCUGCAGUACAACGAUUUUAAUCCGUCCUUAUCUGGUGAGAUCGACAAACGAAACUCUUCUACAUGCACUUUCCAUCGAAAUGAAAGUCCCCCUAACCAUGUUAUCUAA